AUGAACAGGAUGACUCUAUCAUAGAUUCUGAAGAGGAGGUUUCAAAUGAUCAGACUAAUUCAUCAGAAGCAGUUUCAGCUAAAGUAAACAUAUCAACCAUACCUAUUCCUUUAACACAUAUCUCUAAUUCUUUAGAUAAUUCCUCAAAAUUCGGUCUAGUCAAUUUACCCAAAGCUGAGGAUGAUUUUGAUAAAAUGGUUAUGGAAGCUUUCGAGGAGAAAGAGGCUAGUCAUUCUGUGUCUGCCUCCUGCAAUUCGAAAUAUGAGAUGG